GCAUAAACAUGCUUCGGGGAGCCACGGUAUUUUCCAAACUGGAUCUGCGGUCCGGAUACUGGCAGAUAAGAAUGGCGGACGAUUCCAUCCACAAAACUGCCUUCCGAACUCGGUACGGGUCGUACGAGUAUCUGGUAAUGCCGUUCGGAAUGACCAACGCACCGGCAACCUUCCAAGCCGAGAUGAACCACAUUCUACACCCACUCUUGGACGAAUGCCUUCACAAUGCCUUCCAUGUCCAACAUCUGAAGCCCUACCGCGAUCCCAACACAAUCUUCAUUGGACGCCAACCGCCGCCGCCGCCGCCCGUCCUUGUCCAUGACGAACCCGAGUACGAGGUCGAGUCCGACUUUUGAAUGCUCCUACCAAAUUCCAU